CGCCCACUUCGAUUCCACCACAACUAACUCAAUCUACGGCCGGAACUGCUUCUGCUACAUUGGAAUCGGGAUUCCCUGUUACUCAACCCUUGAUUUGGCCAUCUUCGUCUUCUGGGAGAGCUUCUUCCUCUUUGGGCAUGGAAUCUAAACGUGACCCUUUUCGAGAGAGUUCGAUUCUCGCUGGUUUAUCGCCUUCUUCGUCUUCUUCUGCUUCUCCUUCGGCAGAGAUUGAAGGGUUUUCUGGUGUGAGACAGUCUGCUUCUAUGGAUAAGAGGGAGAGAGAAUUUGUUGGGGUUCCUCAGCCCCUUGAAUGCCUUCAAGGGAGCCCCAUUCCUCCAUUUCUUUCUAAGACUUACGAGUUGGUUGAAGACAGGUCUCUGGAUCCAAUUAUAUCAUGGGGAUCGAGCGGUGAAACUUUCGUGGUUUGGGACCCUAUGGAGUUCGCGAGGGUCGUUCUUCCCAGGAAUUUCAAGCACAACAAUUUCUCCAGUUUUGUUCGGCAGCUAAAUACUUAUGGGUUCCGCAAAAUUGACACUGAUCGCUGGGAGUUUGCCAAUGAAGAAUUCGUACGGGGUAAGAGGUAUUUAUUGAAGAACAUCCACAGGCGCAAGUCCUCUCAGUUGCAACAGAUUGGCAGCUAUUCCGAGUCUUCUGUUGAAGCAGGGAAACCUGGAUUGGAAAGUAAGUUAGAGAAGCUGAAAAAUGAGAAGAAUCAGAUGAUGCAGGAAGUUGUAACAUUGCAGUUGGAACACCGUGGAUCAGCUCAACGGCUAGAGACAAUGAAGCAGAGGCUCCAGAUAGCAGAGCAGAGGCAGAAGCAGAUGGUCUCAUUUUUGGCAAAACUGCUUCAGAAUCCAGUGUUCUUGGCUCGUCUUCAGCAAAAAACAGAACAGAGAGAAAUUGCUUCUCCAAGGGUGAAAAGGAAAUUCAUAAAGCACCAGCAGCAGCAACCAGACCAGGUAAAAUCUGAUUCCCCCAUGGAAGGGCAGAUAGUGAAGUAUAAUCCUGAUUGGAGUAGCAGUACAUCAUUGGGAACACAAGAAUUAGAACCGAUUGUGGAUGAGCAACUUCCUGAUUAUAUCUUAGAAGAUUUGGUGGGGAAACUAGAUUUUGGUGCAUCAGGCUUGCAGGUUCAAAAUGAAAAUGUCGCUUCAACUGAAAUGCAACAAGACCUCAUUGGGCCCUCAGAUCAGAUGGGGGUAGGGACAUUGGACUCAGAACCUAGGGGCCCAGAGGAUGCUUCCAUUAAAGGAAAGAAUGUUAUGAGCCCCCAACCCAUAGUUACCCCUGAAUAUUAUGUAUCUGCCUUGGAGGAUUUGGCUCAGGAAAAGACAUUUCCAGGCUAUACAUUCCCAGGGGCCGAGACGAUGAUGAAACCGGAGGAUAUAUGGAGCAUGGGUUUCGAUGCCAGUGGUGCUACAUCUAGUUCUAGCCAUGAUGUCUGGGAUAAUCUUGUCAAUUACGAUGCACAAGAUUUGGGAGUCCCUGGUGGAUUAACAGAUCUCUGGGACCUGAGUUCACAGCAAGCAGGGGGGAUUUCAGGAAUUGAUCAGUGGCCCGGUGAUGAAUCUGCUUUGGAUGAUUUUGGCAAGAAAGAUGAAGAGCUGAAAGAUGAUACUUCUAAUAGUACAGGUCCUUAGGAUUCGAAACACUUUGGCACUUGCUUCCCUUAUGGAUCCACACAUUAUUUUUUCCCCUCUAGUUGAGAAUCAAGUUU